GGGGCUGAGGCGGCGGCGCGUCGCUCGCCCUGUGGGAAAAGUUGCCGGGCUGAGGGGCGGAGGAGGGCGAGACGCGGCAUGGAGCGGAGCAGCGCGGCCGCCGAGGAGGAGCGGGAGGCGGCCAGCCCCGACUCGCCCCCCUUCUUCCUCCUCUACCCGGGCCGCGCGGGGGGCGCCGCCGCCGCGCCCGCCUGGCCGCCCCAGAGCGCCUGGAGGGCCGCCCCGCCGGGCCCGUGCGGCGUACCCCUGCCCGUCCUGCUCAGCUACGUCGGGCCCGAACCGGGGCAGCAGGACCGAACCGGCGGCGGCCAUCCCAAUUAUCUCAUGGCUAAUGAACGCAUGAACCUGAUGAAUAUGGCUAAACUGAGUAUAAAGGGCUUGAUCGAAUCCGCACUUAAUCUUGGCCGAACACUGGACUCUGACUAUGCACCCCUUCAGCAGUUUUUUGUAGUAAUGGAACACUGCCUUAAACACGGCUUAAAAGCCAAGAAGACUUUUCUGGGCCAAAACAAGUCAUUUUGGGGUCCUCUGGAGUUGGUAGAGAAGUUUGUCCCUGAAGCUGCAGAGAUCACAGCAAGUGUGAAAGAUCUCCCAGGACUGAAGACUCCUGUGGGGAGGGGAAGAGCCUGGCUUCGCCUAGCACUAAUGCAGAAGAAACUUUCAGAGUAUAUGAAAGCCUUGGUAAACAGAAGGGAACUUCUCAGUGAAUUUUAUGAACCAAAUGCGCUCAUGAUGGAGGAGGAAGGUGUGGUAAUUGCUGGCCUCCUAGUCGGCUUGAAUGUCAUUGAUGCAAAUUUCUGCAUGAAGGGUGAAGACUUGGACUCCCAGGUUGGCGUUAUUGAUUUUUCUAUGUACUUAAAGGAUGGAAGCAGUAGCAAAGGCACUGAGGGAGACGGUCAAAUUACCGCAAUUCUGGACCAGAAGAAUUAUGUAGAAGAACUCAACAGACAUUUAAGUGCCACUGUCAACAAUCUGCAGGCAAAGGUUGAUGCUUUAGAAAAAUCCAACACUAAACUUACCGGGGAGCUUGCUGUUGCAAACAAUAGAAUUAUAACACUGCAAGGAGAGAUGGAGAGAGUCAAAGAAGAGAGUUCGUACAUGUUAGAAUCCAACAGGAAGCAGGUAAAUAAACAAGACAGAACUGCAGAUGGACAAGCCUUAAGUGACGCACGGAAACAGCUGAAGGAGGAAACACAGCUACGGCUGGAUGUGGAAAAGGAACUCGAGGUACAGAUUGGAAUGAGACAAGAGAUGGAACUGGCCAUGAGGAUGCUGGAAAAAGACGUUUGCGAGAAGCAAGAUGCCCUGGUGGCACUCAGGCAGCAACUCGAUGAUCUCAGGGCCCUCAAACAUGAACUGUCUUUCAAGUUGCAGAGUUCGGACCUGGGAGCGAAACAGAAGACUGAGCUGAACAGCCGCUUGGAGGAGAAGACGAAUCAGAUGGCUGCAACCAUUAAACAACUUGAACAAAGAUUGCAGCAGGCAGAGAAAGAGCGUCAGUCCCUGGAGGAGGACAACCGGCUCUUCAAGCAGGAGUUCGGCGACAAGAUUGACAGCCUUCAGCUGGAGGUGGAACAGCUCAGGAAGCAGCGGAGCCAGCUUGAACUGGAAUUGAAACGGGGACGAGACCAGGGGUUACAUUCUCGCUAUGGAAUUCAGGAAAACAAAAAGUUGCACAGCCAUGGCAAGGAUUUCCAGAAGACAGGGUCAAAAAUGGAUUCUGGAAACAAACUCCAGGAAGGAGAUUCUCAGUGGAGAACAUCAGCGAAGGAGAAUGCAGGACUUCUCAUCAAGACGCCUCCUAGUGUGCAAGAAGAGCAUGAGCAGUCUUCUGGCCCUGGGAAAUUAGAGCUGUGCCAGUUGUGUAAAGAAGAAAGCACCCGAAGCCAAAAGAAGAACGUUUGCAAGAACUGCAGUGGGAUCUUCUGCGAGGCCUGUUCAGCAAACGAACUACCUCUUCCCUCCAGCAUCAACCCGGAACGCGUCUGCAACCUAUGUCAUAAACACUUGAUGCAGGAGUAUUCUGCAAGCCCCUCAUAAAUUCAGAACUGUAAGGUCUGCCAAACGUUGCUCGUCUUCACUAGCUGACCUCCUCUGUGAAACAUGGUAGCUUCUGGAUGUGUCUGCAGCUGUUUGGAGAGAUUUUGAGAGAACGCCUGCGGGACCAGAGAGCCAAGGGCAUGCUAGAAUUGUGUCGAUAGUCAUCCUUCACUGCAAAUGUUCAAGGAUCCUAGGCGAACCAUCCUUGGAAGAGUUUCAUCCGAUGUCUUGACUCUGCUGUGAAAGAGUUCCUUGCUCAUCAUCUCCAUUAGAAGCAAGUGCUGCAGGCCGUUCGUUUUUGCAGACACAGAAGAGAGACUGUUGAAUUACUUAAACAUGAAUUGAGAGCUGUAUCUGAGUUCCUAGCAAGGGACAAGAGUGCAAACUAUGAGCUUGUGAAAAAAAACACAUUACCAAGGGUUUCUCUCUCUCUAGUGUCCUUCUCCCAGGAAGCCAGCUGUGCAGAUGGGCAUGUCUUGCAUUAGUUCCUAGAAGCCACAUGGAUUAGUCUGGUCCAGUAUCACCCACUUGCUUGUUUAUGUGGGUCACACACCCCACCCAUCAAGCUUCCUAAGAGGGAGCCAGAGAAUGCACCUUGACUUGCCCACAGAUCCAUACAAUCUGUGAUAUUUCUGAGUCACACAGCUCUCUGAAGGAAACAGAGACAUGUGUUUCCAGUGGACACUGUAUAUUUAUAUAUGUAUUUUAAAAGUAGAUUCUGAAUCAGCCUGUUGAGAGGCCCUAGGAUGGAACUGGAUGACUCAUGUUUUAAAAAAAAGGCAAUUAGUGUAAGAAAGAGAAAUCACAAAGAGGCUUAUAUUUACCUGUUAUCUCAGAUUAAUUUUUGGUGAGGCUCAAAUGUUAUACAUGUGCUGCUUAAAGGGGAAUGCAUUCUAUCAAACUCCUUGAGGGAGAACAUGUGAUAUGUGAAUUGCACUGCACGUACUUUUAUCUGCACAGCUGUCCGAAAGUUUGCUACCAAAAACUUGGCCAAGAAAUGUGUAGGGUAGCUUUUCUGAACUACCUGGUGGGUAGCCUUAGACACCUGUUUUUGCAGAAUGGCCGGGGGCCGCCAACUGCUUGUAAAUUCCUUGAGCCAGUAAAACGGAACUUGAAUCCUGAAUAUUUUGCCUGAUGAAUUAAAAUUUGCAGAGUUGCAUAUUCAGGCUAUAAAUGCAGUAGGGUUGUAUAGAGAUUUGUUUGUGUCAAAUUAGGAUGCUUUCCUAGUGAGAUGGUGGUAAUUUCUUAGCUGUAAGCUAAUAGAUUUUAAGAGUGUGUUACAGAAUAUACUUUGCAACGUAAUGGGCAUACCUCCUUCUUAGUGGAGUGCUCGGUGCUUGUUUGGUAGCGCCCCAAAUGCUGUUGCUUCUCUUGGACCUCACAUAACCAUCCUGGCGAACCUCAUCCAUGCUGUGGGGGAAGAAGACCGCUAAACUGGAAACUUGCAGAAUGCAGUUGUGCAGACAAUCAAUAUUUAAGGAAGUACAGUGUGGUUUGUUUUACCUUCAGUGUGUUACUUUUGAGAAAGCAAGAAAAAACAGAGCCAUGAGCUCUGCGGACUAUGUCCAGCGGGCUUUGGGUGACUUGAGAAUGCUGUAGUGUACACACAAACCUUAAAAAUAAUUUUUUAAGCUGGUUGCUGUUUAGUAGAUAUAGUCAUCCAGCUGUAUUGCCUCAGUGUAGAAUAUUUUCAGAUUGUCUGCUUUAAGCUAGUUUACGAAGAAUUGCUCCAUCUGUGCGUUGCGGCAUGUUUCUGCCCAGAAUAAGUUAUGCUUCUUAGCACAGCCAAGAUGCUGCCCCGAUCUAUGUGAGCAGUGUGUGCCAUUUUAUUAGCUUAGUAAAAUAUUUAUACUGUACCUUUCCUUUAGGCUGUGCACUGCAGGGGGAGAUUAGAAGUGGUAGGCCAUUACUGAUCUACUCAUUGGGGACCCUAGAGCAUCUUUUAUACGCCUCAGCCUUGAGUGGGUGGAAUUAGCUAGGCAACCGCAACAAAGGUUGGUGAAUGUGUGUGUCCUGUUCUCUAAGUGCAGUUUCCUGCGUUACUUUAAAACGAAGAGCAAACGCUAUCAAGAUGAUACUGGUAGAAGAACAACGCAAGGGAAAGAGGAAAUCAGAGUUUUUGUGCGCUUACUGCUGAUAAACUGGUGUAACUUAGUCACUGGAUAAAAUACAGAAUGAAUCAUGAUUGGGGCUACUUUUAACAAAAGGUGCUCAAGGGGGGAAUAUUAGCAGCACCACCUGAUUAUGCAGUUAAAGAAUAGUCUGUAUAAGAAUUAGCAACCAUAAUGGAAUGUGAUUGGAUUGCUGCAGGUGAGAAAGACCGGAGGAAAUCGCAGCAAUGGGCUAGAUCCAAGCCAGUAAGUAGUACAGAAUGCUGAGUACAGGUAGAUUAAGGGGGAAGUUACAUAUUUUGUACUCGCAUUUCAGUAUCCCUUGGUUUGGAAACCGCUUGCAAAAACAUAACGCCAUGAAAUACUAUUGACUUUCUCUAACAAAAUAUGGCACACUUCUCAAAUGAACUGAAAUGACAAAACGCUUCUUUAACCUGUGCCACUUCUGUUGAGAAGGGGUUGGUAGUAUCAGAUGAAAUUCAUAUGAUUGACUGCUCUUCCUUAAAAAACAUUGCUGUAGUGAACUGUUGUAACAAGAAAGAGUUUUGACCCACUCUUCUGCGUUUCUAAAUGAAGGAGGACAAGCCAUUGUUA